GCCUUUUGUAUUCAGAAAAGUAAAUAAUGGGAAAAAGUAGCAAAGAUAAGAGAGACGCGUAUUACCGACUAGCAAAAGAGCAAGGAUGGAGAGCGCGAUCAGCGUUUAAGUUGAUGCAGCUAGACGAACAAUUCCACUUGUUUGAAGGAGCAAAACGCGUUGUCGAUUUGUGUGCUGCACCAGGGUCUUGGUCGCAAGUCUUGUCACGCAGAUUAAUAGAAAAUUUUGACUCUACCGCAAGUAGUGAAGAACGCCCAAGAAUUGUCGCCGUGGAUCUUCAACCAAUGGCUCCCAUAGAUGGUGUUCACACUUUGCAAUUAGACAUUACUCAUCCAAAAACGCUGUCAAUUAUUUUAUCUCAGUUUGGCAAUGAACCAGCGGAUUUGGUCGUCAGUGACGGUGCUCCAGAUGUUACUGGCUUACAUGAUCUAGAUGAGUAUAUUCAAGCACAGAUUCUGUUGGCGGCAUUUAACAUGGCUGUCUGCAUUUUAAAGCCAGGUGGAAAGUUUGUCGCUAAAAUAUUCCGCGGAAGAGAUGUUUCUUUAUUAUAUUCACAACUUCGAUUGAUGUUUCGAAAGGUUACAUGUGCAAAGCCUAGAAGCUCGCGUGCUAGUUCCUUAGAGUCUUUUGUUGUCUGUGAAGAUUUUUGUCCCCCUCCUGAUUUCCAACCAGAUCUUUCGAAACCUCUUUGUGUAGUUGAUCCCAACUGUUCCCAUGAAAUCGCCCCUUUUAUCGCAUGUGGUGAUUUGGAUAGCUAUGAUGCCGAUGCUACAUAUCCCAUCGAUUCUACGUCAAAAGCCACGCCAUUAGAAGUUGUACAACCUCCUACGGCACCUCCUUAUAAACGUGCUAUGGAAUUGAAACAUCAGGGACUUUUAUAAGACAAAAAGCUAGAUUCUCCUUUCUUGUUCGUUUCUGUUUUGUUCGUUUUAGGAUUUAUUGGUUUGUAUAUUUAAUCUCUUUUGUUAAACUACAUAUGGACUUAGAACGCUCGCCUAGAAGGCUAUGUGAACGAUCAGUUUCUUUCACGCUUUACUUUUGUUGACCCUAAUACUUCAUGUAUGCUAUAGUUUCUGGGGUAAUAGUAUACAAAAGUUUCAAUCUAAUAAAUUAAUUCUUUCUGG